UAGGCGCCGGCGGCGGGGCGGCGGGAGCGGCGCGGGGCGAGCGGCGCGGCCGGGGCGGGGCGGCCGCGGCGGCCGGGCCCGGCGCGGACAAAGGCGGCGGCGGCGGCGGCGCGGGGAGCCGCGGCGGGCGCGGGCGGCGGCAGCAGCGGGCCGCUGCGUGCGGGGGCCGAGCCGCAGCCUGACAUGAUGUUUCCACAAAGCCGGCACUCGGGCUCCUCUCACCUGCCGCAGCAGCUGAAGUUCACGACCUCCGACUCCUGCGACCGCAUCAAGGACGAGUUCCAGCUCCUGCAGGCCCAGUACCACAGCUUGAAGUUGGAAUGUGACAAACUAGCCAGUGAGAAAUCAGAGAUGCAGCGUCACUACGUCAUGUAUUACGAGAUGUCCUAUGGGCUGAAUAUUGAAAUGCACAAACAGGCUGAAAUAGUCAAGAGGCUAAAUGGGAUUUGUGCACAGGUUCUACCCUACCUUUCACAAGAGCAUCAGCAGCAAGUCCUGGGAGCCAUUGAACGAGCCAAGCAGGUUACAGCGCCAGAACUGAACUCCAUCAUCCGUCAGCUUCAAGCUCACCAGCUGUCGCAGCUCCAAGCCCUCGCUCUGCCUCUGACUCCGCUCCCGGUGGGUCUCCAGCCCCCAUCCCUCCCCGCUGUCAGUGCCGGCACCGGGCUGCUUUCGCUCUCAGCCUUGGGCUCUCAGGCUCACCUCUCCAAGGAGGACAAGAAUGGCCAUGACGGGGAUGCCCACCAAGAUGACGAUGGGGAGAAAUCAGAUUAGAGUGAAUGGGGGGCCGGGGGGAGGGGACUGUCGGGAAGGGGGGGGGGGGGGGCGGGGGGGCGGGUUAAUGCAAGAUGCAGUAUCUCUCUCUAGUUGCUGCGCAGCAGAAUCGCAGAGGCUUGUGUUUGGUGGCAGCUUGCCAGGCCUUUUCCCACGGGUAGCAGCGUCUGGGGGAUGCCCCCACCGCCAUCCCUGCGGCCGGGCUGCUCCGCAGCAAUGCAAGCGCCAUAGCAGUGCCCGUGUGGCCGAUCGUGCUCUCCCUGUGCCCAGCCUGGCUUCCCUGUCCCCGCUCCCGCUCCAUCAGAGAGCCAAGCCAGAGCUGGCUUGGGCUGCUCUGGGGCCACUUGCCCCCCGGCUGUCCCAGCUCCUCGGUGCCAUGUGGCUCCCUCCGCCUGCCGCUCCCCCCCUUGGUAUUUAAAGAUGCCCCGUGAUCCUAACAGUUUCUGCACAACUCCCUGCUGGGAUCCCUGCCCUGAAACCAUCUCGUCCUCCCUCCCUGUGCGCUCUUGAUCUCAUUGCAUCGCCCUGGCCCCGGCUCUGUCCUCCCCGCGCCCCUCCUGCACUAAUACCAGGCCGGCACCUUGCUGUUCUGCAUGUAUCUGUUCUGUACCAGUCCUGCGGCACCGCGGCAGUAAGACAUGCUCCGGCGCCGGGGCUUCGGGGGGCUCGGGCAGCUGGGCAGGGGGGCAGGCAAACCAAGAGCCUCUCUUGGUCCUCCCCAUCCCUGCGCCCCUGCCCCUGUGUAGAGGAUACAGCAGCUUUCUCUGUUCUUAUCUCCGUGCGCUAGCGUGUCUUCUAAAAAAACAAAAAUGGAACAAAAAAAAAAAAAGAAUAAAAUUAAAUAAUAAUCUGGUGUUUGUAUAUAGUCCUUUAGAAAGAUCUUGUUUUGCUUUUUGUGUUUAAUCACUUGACCUAUAAUAAGAGGAACUGAAAAUGCUGUAUCAAGGACGUACAAGCUGUGCCUUUCAAAUAAAGAAAUAAGAAGGUUGAUUAAA